AUGAAUCUUUUAGAGAAUAAAAACAUACCUUUAUCGUAUAUUGCAGAAACAAUAUCAUCUGAUAGAGAUGAAGGGAAUGCAAUCGACAAAGAAGCUGAUUUGCAAUCUCAAGGUGAAGAAAAGCCAAAGUUCUUCAAUGAUUUAAUGGACUUAAAAAAGAAUUUGAACUUUAAUCCCAUUCCAACGGUAAAAAAAAAUUAGAUUGAAACUGAGGAAACACAAGAAGCAAAAUGGCUAGUGAAAAGGAACCAAACAAAAGCAAGAGGAGAGCUUACUGUGCUCAUGCGAGAAACACAAAAUCGAAAACAUUCUGUUAAUUUUACAAUAGAAGAAUCUAAUAUGGAAUAG